AGAGAGAGAGAGGGAUAUAUAGGGAAUCUCUUGUUUUCUUUUCUUUUUUUUUUCUUUUUUUUUUUAUUUAAAAAAAUUAUUUUUAUUUAAAAAAAACAUUUUUUAAUCACUUUUGAAAUGGUCUUUCUUUCAGGUAUGGAGCAAACGAAAGAUGCAAUGUGGGAUCGUAUCGAGGAGAAGUUCUUCACGGAGAUGAAGAAGGACGGCUCCUACCGAACCCGGGACCAACUCACUUCCAAAUGGAGCCACAUCAACAAAAAAGUCCGAAAGUUUAUCGGAGUUUACGAGGAAUGCUCCUGGUCCCAGAGGAGCGGCACGAAUGACGCCGAUGUUCUCCGGCUUGCCACGACCCGGUAUCAAGACGACGGGCACCAAGGCAAGGUGCCCAUCGAUCUUUGGAAGAUUUUGAGUCGUUCCCCGAAGUUGCAACAACUCAACAAUCCCGACGGCGGAUCGUUCCAGAAAAGAUCCACCUUCGACGCCGAGGUUGAGGUCGACGAGACUAUCGGUUCAACCGAUCAAAUCCCUCCCUUCAACGUUGCGGAUUCCGAUGACGAGGACCCCAUUACACGGCCGAUCGGAAGAAAGAAGGCAAAAUCCAUUGCCUCCGGUUCAGGAGGGUCUCUGUUUCCGCUUCUUCCCGCGACGAAAUCGGCCGGGAAAUGGUUGAACAACUUCGGGCGUUCAAUCUCCAAGAACAAGAGAGACGAACUUAUUUUUGAAGGCGUGCCUUGGGCGGCGGAUCAUAGAGCAGGCUACAAAGGCCCAAACACAUUAUUCUGAACAUAAUUUAGAUUGAGGUCUCAUUCCAUCUCUACGAUGAAUGAUCUGGGCCCAAGGACUGAGUAAAGUAAUGGGCUAAGCUUAGCCCACCAGAGCAAAUCGGAAGAUAUACUAAUCGUGGGAUUGGAGGGUGAUUGUUGACUGAUUCCAUCACCUAUAAUUAUCUUUUUUACUUUCUUAUUCUAAUUGUUUCAAGUAUACAAUCGGAUCGGAUUUCACACUUGGAUUUUUAUGUUAGAUCGAUUCGAUUUUCACUUGGUAUGCACGAAUACCAAGUAAAUUUGUUAAGUUGGA